AUAAUGACAGCCCCAAAGACGAAGCUGGGCAAAACAUUUGAAAGACUUUACAAAUAUACUGAGGGCAAGCAUAAUAAGUUCUUGCAAAAGCACCAAGAAAUGAAGGACAUGAUCGAGAAUAGGGAGUUCCUUGGAGCAGACAAGUAUGGAAACCAAUACUUCCAAUAUUUCAAUUAUCAUGGCCUCCCUACAAGAAGACGGGUUUAUUACAAAUUCCAUAGCGGAAAUAGAUUCCAUGUUGAUGUCCACUUUAUUGACUGGCUUUACAGAAGGAAGGCUUUACCUCCAAAUAAAUAUGAAUUAGAACAACUAUACUUAGAAGAUGAGGAGAGAGCUGUUAAAGCAAUAGAAUGGGAUCGAAUGGAAGACAGAAAGCAGAUAAAAUAUCGUAAUAAACUAGAAGCACAAAAGCAACUUGGAAUGACACCACAACAGAUGCAAUUACAAACUCUUGAACAACAAAAUAGCAAAGAUGAGAUCACAAUCGAGGAAUUCGAGCCUAUUCCUUGGGAAGUAGUCAAACAGACUAGAACUGAAUUAAAGAAAUAUCUCCCUCCUGAGGAUCACAAGCAGCAACUCAUUGCAGUAGAGGAAGGAAUAUUGGAAGAGCAUGAUAAAUAUCAAAAAUAUUUAGAAGGAAAAGGUAAAGACUUUGAUAACAUUGCAUUUACCAAAAUGGCUAUGCAAGUGUAUGGAGUCCGAAAACAUUAUGAAGAUUUACAGAAAUUUGGAUAUAUUAAAGAAGAUGUAACUGAUCCUUCACAACCAAUCUCAGUCCGCGAAGCUCGUAAAAAGUUUCCAAAAUAUGCUAAAGAAUACAUGGAUAGACCCAGAGAAAGGAUGGAAAAACACAAAAAGAAAAUACAACAACAGAUUGAUAAAGUCAAGCAAAAUGAAGAAAAAUAUAGAAGAUACUAUAAUUUCAAACAAAAAUUUAGAGAUGUCUUCGAUGAGCUUGAAGAAAUUAAACAGGACAAGGAUUCUGAGGAAAUUGAUGAUAUUGAAAUGACUCUUAUUGGCAUGGAUGAGGGUCCAGACAAAAGAAUCGUAUAA